AUUUCUACAGUAUUUUUCCCGCCCAAAACCUCAAUUUCAGAUUUCUCCCUCCUGUACCAAAACCAAUAAUCUCAGAAUCAUAGAGAGAGAGAGAGAGUAAACUCUUAAGCUCAAACCCAUCACUCUAGGAUGUUGAUGCCCUAUCCCUAAGCAAUGAUUCUACAGAGCUCUUCAACAAUGCCUGAUCUCAGCAACCUCUUGAGCUCCUCUUCGUUGGCACUGUCUCAUUGCCCUAAUCUCUUACCAGUGGCCGAUAUUUGCGACUCCAACGGUUCUCUUUACCCGGUUCCAGUUCAAACUGGAACCCUAGAGCUGGACGGAGGCAACGGCUGGUGUUGCAGUUGGGAUCGGCGGUUACGGUAUCCCAACGUGCAUAAAGGGGAGAUUUCUGCAGAUAAAAACGGUAUGGGUAUUAAUGUUCUGAGGAGGAAUUCCAAGAGAGUGGUUAGAGGGGACUUGGAGAAGAGUAGUAAGAAAGCGAACCCGGGCAAGUCCUUGGAGGAUCACGUGAAGGAAUGGGUGGAGAAAAAGGUGAAAUCUGGAGUACCUGAAAGAAAGUGUUUUCUUCCGUUCCUUGUCAACAACGUUCCAAGGCUGGUUGAAUGCCGUGUGUGCCAUAAACUUAUCUACCCCAAGGAAGAAGUUUUAUGCUCUGUUCGUGGUUGUCAGGAAGCUUAUCAUUUUACAUGUGUUAAAGAAAGCCUAGGCUUCUCUACUUCAAGAAGUUUCAAGUGCCCCCAAGAAAGCCUAGGCUUCUCUACUUCAAGAAGUUUCCAGUGCCCCCAACAUGCUUGUUUCAUUUGUAAGCAGAAAGGUUAUUUGCGUUGCAUGCGAUGUACAAUAGCAUCACACCCUAAGUGUGCACCUUGGAAAGAUAAAUUGAUCUACUUAAAAGACCAACCAAGGCGGUUUAUUUGUUGGAGACAUCCUGAAGAUUGGCGCUUUGAAAAGAAGCUUGCAGUUCCGACAAGUGACAUAGAGGAAAUAUUCUGCCGUUUGCCUUUACCAUACACUGAGGAGGGCUUUCGGAUUGAUUCGAUGUUAAAGGAUAUGAUGGAAAAUGAAAUGGAGCCAACUCCAUACGUACACAUCAGGCGUAAUACCUACCUGGUUAAGAAGAAACGUGGUGAUGUGGAUGCUGAUGUUGGAUGUACAAACUGCAUUACUGAAUGCUAUGAGGAUUGUGUGUGCAGGGUACAAUGCAUAAGCUGCUCAAAGGCUUGUCAUUGCUCAGAGACGUGCACUAAUAGACCAUUCCGUAAAGAUAAAAAGAUUAAAGUUGUAAAGACACAGUUUUGCGGAUGGGGAGUAGAGGCAGCUGAACCCAUUAACAAAGGGGAUUUUGUAAUUGAGUAUAUUGGGGAAGGUAGGGACAUCACUUUUUCUGCAAGACGUAUACUUGAAUUGAAGAAAUGUGAAGUCAUUGAUGAUGCCUUAUGUGAACAAAGGCUUUGGGAUAUGAAACAUAGAGGUGACCAGAACUUUUACAUGUGUGAAAUUCGGAAGGACUUCACAAUUGAUGCAACUUUCAAAGGCAAUGCUGCUCGUUUUCUGAACCAUAGUUGUGAUCCUAACUGUAAACUGGAAAAAUGGCAAGUUGAUGGGGAGACCCGUGUUGGUGUAUUUGCUGAUCGACUAAUAAAAGUUGGAGAACCAUUGACAUAUGACUAUAGAUUUGUGCACUUUGGACCCAAGGUGAAGUGUUGCUGUGGUGCUCUAAAUUGUCUAGGAUACCUUGGAGCCAAGAGAAAGAUCAAUAAGAGGGACUUGUGCAGUACUAAAGCCAAUAAGGUGGACUUGUGCUGGGGUUCCAAACGCAGGAGAACGUCAACUGCAUGCCUGGAAAUUAUACAUGAAUGAUGUGUACAACAGUUUUUCUCAAGGUGCGUGGAAUUAUGUUGUACAAUGCUUAUUGAUUACCAUAGGAUGUGGGGAAAACUGCAACCCAAAUAAAGUUCCAUCAGUAUCACUCUUUGUUAUUGUGUAGUGAUUUAGGCAUUCAUUUGUUAAAUGCAAAUUUUCCUUUUUCUUAUUGACUCCCUUCUAGUAUUUCCUUGUUAAGGGAUGAGGGUGGGGAAGGGUUAUUGGGUAUUCUUAAUACCAUUUGUAACUUGUGUAAGAAUGUGAAAAUGGAGAGUUUACUGAA